AAACACCAGAAGAAAGAUAAUCUGCAGAAGAAGAAGAGGACGCUGGUUUCAGGAAGUGCAGAAGUUGUUGAGACUAUAUAUCUAUGGUUGAGAAGCUGCAGGAGAAGAAACUGAAGAAACAAAGUCAUGGCUGAACCCAGGAUAUCUUCCAUCGAUGGGAAGUUAGCUGAAGAAUUUGCCGUCCCCGCCCAUGUUGAGGAGGUGAAAGCGAAGAUGUCUGCCUUUGCGACCCAGCAUGCGGCAGCAGGUCGCCGGGUGGUUCUCAUCACGUCCGGGGGCACCAAAGUUCCCCUCGAGUCGCGCACUGUCCGCUUCCUCGAUAACUUCAGCAGUGGCAGACGAGGAGCCUGCUCAGCAGAGUACUUCAUAGAUUCCGGCUACGCUGUCGUCUUCCUGCACAGGCACCGCUCCCUCUACCCUUAUAGUCGAAUGUUCUCGACCAUAAAUGUGAUGGAUGCCCUGGAGCUCACAAGUGGGGAUGAAGCAUCUGGCUCCUCUGGUGAAGUACUAGUUAACCCACAGGUGCUUCCCAACAUAGCCAAAGUGCUGAAGAAAUACCAUGAAGUGAAAAAUGGCGGACUUCUCCUUCCUAUUGAGUUCAGCACUCUGUCAGAGUAUCUGCACCUUCUCAAAGCAGCAGCACAGGCACUCAGCACUAUAGGACCGAAGGCCAUGUUUUAUUUGGCGGCAGCUGUGUCUGAUUUCUAUAUCCCAGCAUCUGAGAUGCCUGAACACAAAAUCCAGUCUUCCAAUGGUCCACUUCAACUUAGCUUGAACAUGGUCCCUAAGAUACUGUCACCACUGGUGAAGGACUGGGCACCUCAGGCAUUCGUCAUAUCUUUUAAACUGGAGACCGACACAGCCAUCCUGUUGGACAAGGCUCGUGGAGCUCUGAAGAACUACAGGCACCAGGCAGUGGUGGCCAACGUACUGGACUCUAGACGGGGUUACGUGGUGGUGGUGACCCCUAAAACUCAGGAUGAGCUGAUCCUUACAGAUGAGGACGUGAAGAAUGAGGUGGAGAUAGAAGAGAUGAUAGUGAGCAACCUGACAUCAGCACAUAACAGGUUCAUAAAUCAACAAGGGAGUUGACAGUCAUCACCUGCACGUCUGAGUCUGUGAUACAGCUAUAAGAUGUGUCUGUUCUCUUCCCGGAUCCUGAGCUUAAAUUCAAUCUUCAGUCAUUGCUGUUCAUGUUUGUCAUGUGGUUGCAUAACCUCUGUGAUAAGUAUAUCUGCAAACACACGACUGCCCUUUGCAAUAUGAGCCUCAUGGUUAUAACACUGUCUCUGUACUAUAUC